AUGUCUAUCCCCCUCUCUCUCCCGGAGCUGCCAGCAUGGGCCGCCCAGCUAGCGGGCAUUCUGCCGCUCACAGGCCUGUUCGAGUUGAUUGAUGCUUCCGAAAAGCUGCAUUCGCUCGAGCUCGCUGCCGCGGUGCCUCUGUGGAACUGGCCCAUAACGCCGGCCAUGGCCCGAUCCCUAUUUUCCAACGACAACGUCGACGCGUGCUAUCUAGACUCUGUGAGGCAAUCCCAGACCUUGCAUUGCAUUGACGGCCGUUUCGGUGACCUAUACCCCUCCAGCACACCCACCACAUCUCUCAUGUGUGGACAGACGAGGAGGCCGGCCACGGUCAUCCCCAAUCAGUGGCUCGAGAAGGAGACGCCUCACGGACGCAGACAGAAACUCAAGGUGAUUGUAUUGAUGGAGAACCUUGACAAGCCCCAACCGCGCCUUUCCAUCUCCUCCAAUGCCCACCGUUGGAUGUCUAUCCUCGGAUGGCUCUGUUGGGCUGGCGCCAGCAUCACCUCCCUCUACGCCCGGCUGUACAUAGCUGCCGUGUACCUGGCCCUCAUCCCGUUGACGGGCGCCACCAUUGGCCUCACGCACGGGAAUGCUCCUCGCCAGCUCCUGGACACCACUCUCGACUACGAGCGCAUGGUCAUUGCGACCCACAGUCUGAAUGGGACUGCCUGGUACGCCUUUUACGGCGAGAGCAAGCUGCUCAACACUCUGCUAAACAGGCCCCUCUGCCGUGUGGACGCCAGGCCGUCGGGGCGCUUCCCCCUCGGGCUUCUGCUGCGGCUCCUCAUCGCGGGCCAAUGGGUGCUGAGCGUGGGAUCAUGCGCCCUGCGGGACUGGAACGCCAUCGUCAUCUUCGCGUGGCUCAUGUUCUGCACCCUCUACAGCGCGUUUGUGUACCCUCUGCAGGUGUGUGUCCAGGACUGGCUGCGGCAGAGCUGCAACCUGAGCGCCGAGUCCAUCGACGUCGAGUUCACGACGCGUAGGUCCAUGCUCUCCGCACUCGUCUGCCUCAACCCCGACACGAAGGAGAAACGCACUGCGUGGAUCGAUCCAAUUCUUCGCCAAUCCGAAGACCGAGACCUGUGGGAGACGGCGCUCCUGAAUUAUAUACUUACCAAGAGGAACCCAGAUGAAGUUACAAGGAAUAAGUAUUGGUGGAAAUUCAUCGAAGAGGGUCAUGAUGCUGGGGACAAGAUGAAGCAGAGGAUCAAAGAUAUCAUGGCAUUAAGCGUUUAG